AUGAAGUUCACCACCACCACUAUCGCCGCCAUCCUUCCUAUGGCCAACGCCUGGAUCUUCACCACCUGCAGCGGGCAGUGGGACAGCGAAGACAACAAGGGCUGCACUAAGUCCUCCUGCAAAAGCGGUGACACUAUUGACUGGGAUAACAACUUGUGGUCCGAUUGUGUUCUUCGUGUCUACAGCGACAAGUCUUGCAGCAACCAGAUUGGAAUUGCAUCUGAUGACUGGAAUGACCACACUUUGAGCAGGAGCAUGGGUAGCUUCCGUGUUUCGUCUUGCGAUAGCUAG